AUGGCUGGGUUGCUCGUUGCGAUACGGCCGUAUGUAUUGCUUCUGCCUCGUUUGUGUUCUGGCAGGCCGUGGUCUACUGGUAUCAAAGCUGCAUUUUCUGCCAAGUUUGGUAAAUCGUUGUCUAAGCUGUACCAGCGGAGGCACGAUCGGUUCUAUUUCGACGAUGGUACUGUUGUGUUUUUGGUGGACAACGUGCUGUUCAAGGUGCAUCGUUACUUCUUGGAGCACAAGUCGGAAGUAUUCCAAACGAUGUUCAUGCUGCGUCCUCCGGAGGGCCAGGAAGUGGAGGGAGAAUCUGCGGGUCACCCUAUUAUUCUCGAGGAUACGAGGGCCAUCGACUUUGAGAGAUUCCUCACGGUAUUCUACCCUAGGGAUGUUCGAUAUCACGACUUGAGCACAUUCGACGAAUGGGUAUCGGUGGUCGAGUUCGCUUCGAAGUGGCUAUUUACAGAUAUCCGCGGCCUGGCCAUCACGCGCGCGACCGCUGUAGGAACCCUGGCGGAGCAGAUCGUCAUGGCGCGCCGAUACGACCUGCCAGAGCUUCUCCGCGAGGCGCGCCGCUCGAUCUGCGAAAGGCCGCAGCCGCUCACCCUCGAGGAGGGCCGACAGCUGGGAGUAGACGAGGUUAUCAUUUUGUCUGAAUCUCGACAUCUCAAGCGUACAACGGGCUUUGGUGUGCGGAAAUAUACACCAGAAGAAGUCGAUCGCCUCAAUGAGGCAUUCCGCGCGUUAGAGGGAUAG